AUGGCUGCGCCCAUGGUUGUAAACAUGUGAUAUAUUUUGGAAGAUAAAUAAAACAGAUAACAUGUUGACUCCGGCGUUUGAAAUACACCAAGACAACGAAUUUUUGUUUUUCUACAUUAAAGCACCAUAUACAAAGAUUUCAGAUACUGAAAUAUUCAUAGAAGAUAAUGAAUUCAAGUUUUUUUCUAAACCCUAUUUUUUACGACUGAAUUUGCCUGGGCAAUUAAUUGAAGAUGGGAGAGAAACGGCAAUUUAUGAUUCUAAUAAAGGACAUAUCACCAUCAAAGUACCUAAAAAGACACAGGGAGAAGUAUUUGAAGGCCUGGACAUGCUAACAAAAUUGUUGGCCCCUAAAGGAGAUAGAGUAGCCACGGAACCUUUAAUAGAAGUAUUAGGAUCUGAUGCUGACUGUCCACCAGGUUGUAUUUUAGAUGAUAAUGAGAUUGAUUGGUAUAUAGAACAAAAACCAUAUGAAGAACCUAACAUCAUUAAUACUUCAUAUAAAUAUGGUUUUGCUGGCCAGAAAUCUGGUAUUUUUAGUCGUCUUGCCAAUGAACUUAAACAUCUAGUAGAUGUAAAUGAUCCCGAUAACUUAUCUCCAGCUGAUCGCCUUAAACAAAGACAGGAUGUAGAAGAUAAUAAAUUUGAUGAUGAUCAUUAUUUAGCGGAUUUAUAUCAAGAUGAUGUCAUAAAAACUAUAUUGAAUUAUCAAGCUGAUUGGAAUCGGUCUGAUAAUGUGAAAGUAGAUCAUGAAGACGUUAUUUGUUUUAAUGAUGAUCAAAAGGAGAGAAUGCGAAAUUUACCAAAAAAGGAAUAUGUUAUUGAUAAAGAUGUUUUACCAUCAGUAUAUCUUAGUCUUGUUGAUCUAAUUUAUUCCUAUUGUUAUAAUCAUAGAAUAACAGAAGGGGAUGAUAAUGUAGAAUCAGGAUGGAAUAUCUGUAAAUUAAGCUCUACUCUAUCCUGGUUUGCAGUGGACACAAAUCCUAGAGAUGUAAUAAUCACAAACAUUAGACGAAGCUUGUGUUUUCCACUGCACCGGCACUGGCAACUUGCAAUCAAAGUUUUGGAAGAUACACAAAAACUAUUUGAACUUGGCAAAAGACAGAUAUUAAAAUGUUUAUUAGAAAUUCAUCAAUUGUUUCAUGAUUGUGAUUCAAGAUAUAUCUUAAAUGAUAUCUAUAUUACUGACUAUUGUGUCUGGCUUCAGUCAGCUAGUGAUGAAAAAUUAAAAUCAUUAGCUAAAGCUCUCAAAGACUUAAACAUGCAGAAAAUAGAAGUUAAAUUGAACUUAGAGGAAUUAGAGGCCGCGGCAAAAGUGGCCAUGGAAGAAGAUGUUUCAAAUCAUUUAGAGAAAUUAACUGUUGCUGAUAGUGAUGAUGAGAGUACAGAGAGCAGUGAUGAAGACAGUACUGGUAGCAGCUACACAGAUUCCACUGAAGAAAGCACACAGACAGAUGAUGCAAGUGAAGGAGAAAAUGAAAGUACUGAAUCCAAAACUAUUUCUAUAUCCAAUAAUGUUCUGAAAAAGGAAUCAUUUGAAAAUAGUGACAAUGAAAAAAACAUUAAUGUUGAUGGGUCAACAUUUAAUAAUACAAAACAAAUGAUCAGUGUCGACCUUCAAACAGUGACUGACAGUUUAAAUGAAUAAGUUGGUAAUAUGAAAUAAAUACCUUAAAAGUAAAUACAUAAUCAUCCAUCAUAAUCAUAUUUAUAAUAAUAAAGAAAUCAAGUUGG